AUGGUGAUGUUGGAGUGUGCGACCGUCGCGGUUUCAGUUGCUGCCUCCAAGCUGUUGGACAAGAUUUUGCCCAAAUCAGCGAAAGACGACAAGACUGUGGAUGAAAUGAGACACGAGAUGGCCAUGUACUUCCAAAAGCAUGGAUGGAUGCUCCAGAAGUCCCCAUUUCUGAAGCUCACGCUUGUCAUCCCGCAGCGCAGGGAGCAACUCUUUCAGAUACUGUCGGAUCCCAGGCUCGAAGGUUGCCCACUCUUGCACGAGUGGCUUCGAGUCAGGCUUGCAGAGGCGUUGAACUUGCCUUUGCAGGGCAAGUUGACGGACCACGCCUUCAUCUGCGACCAUAGGGGCAAUGUCUCUGAACAUGUCUUCGGCCUGAUUUCCGUGCAGGUCGCCGGCAUGAUCGAUUUCUCGGAGUUGGGAAAGGACACAUGUCUAGAAGUCCAUGGCAGAGUCAGAGACAUGGGCGAGACUUACAGAGACGUUGCUAAGGAACUCCGCGACUUGAACAUCACGGGCGAGUUCCUGCAGGAGGGGGACUUUGCACCUGAGGAUCUGGUGAGCUUUCAGAACCUCAGCGGCUUGGCAAAGAAGCAGCUACGGCAUCACUUCGCCAAGUACAAGCUCAAGCAAACACCCGCCCUCGUUCUGUGCAUUGUCGCGAGCAGCUUGACUAUGGCCUACCAAGGCGGGGUCCUUCAGAACAUCAAGGAGUGCAUCUUCGGUGAGGCGUUGAAAGAAUAUUGCGUGGACUACUUGAAGCUGCGCCUCGCCAGUGAAAAGCCGCAGGAAGCCUUGAUGGAUGGCAACACAACAGCAGCGUUGCGGAAUGAUGCGCGCAACGCAGCACAAUAUCAGCACGUAGACUUGCAAGAGCGCCUGAGGCUGCGGGAGUGA